GCUGUAGCUCCAAUUAGACCCCAAGCCUAGGAACCUCCAUAUGCUGCAGGUGUGCCCCCCCCACCCAAAAUAAUAAAAUUUUUAAAAAUAAAGAAAGAAAAGGAAAGUGAAGUCCAAUAAGUUUGGGUGACUCCCCCAAAGUACACGUCUACUAGACAGAAAGAGGAUUUAAAUCCAGUUCCAGCACUUGUGCUUUCUGCUACUUCACCUCAAGAAAGUUUGAAGAUACACAGAAAGAGGAACUUUAAAGAAUUAAUCAAAAGCCUGGGGAAAGUUUUCCCGGGGCGUAGGAGCCUUGAUGCAUCUGCUCCCAUGCGAUAUUUAAGGAUUGGCUGUUGGAAAGUUCCUGGCCAUUCUGCCUGGAGGGAAAGUCCUGAAUUAUUACUGAAGUUUCUUUCUGCUUCUUCAGUGGCAGGUCUAGAUGAAAUUCGGUUCCUGAUUCUUGCACGGGUCUUCUGGUGCAUGUGUACAAGAGUUUAUUCCUAGGAGAGAUGUGGAAUCACAGGGCUUGUGUGUCUUCAAGUUCAUUAGAAAAUGCCAAACUAUUUUCCAAAGGGAUCGCACCAAUUUAGAUUUCCACCGGUGGUGUAUAAGUGUUAAAAUCAUCACCAAUCCCUGCUACUUUUCAGAAUUUUUAAUUGUUGCUUUUCUGGUAGGCAUGAAAGAUGAUUAUAAUUGUAGUGUUAUGUGCACUUUUUGUUACUGCUGCUAAGUGCAUAUUUUCAAGUGUAUUAGUAUAUUUUCUCUUUUGAAGUGUAUGUUCAAGUUUUUUUUUUAUUCUACAAAUAAAUUCGUUUUAUAGGAUCACUUUAUAUAUUCUGAAUAUUAAACUUUGGUCAGUUGUGUGUGUUGCAAAAAAAAAAAAAAAAAAAAUUCUGUUCCAGAAUUUCUAAGUUGCUGGUAGACAAAUUGAUAUAAUAAUCCUUAUCUAUCUGAAGGCUAGUUUGAUCUGUGCCAAGUAGGCUCUUUGGGGGCCAAAAGCUAAGUCCUGCCUUUGCCCCAUGAGGCUGGAGCAUCUCAUUUAUGUCCCUGGGACGAUGCUGGUGCUGUAUUCAGCCACACUGGCUGUUUCACCCCCGUUCUCUAUCUUUUUUCAAAUUCUCACAUCCUCUGAGCAACAGCCCCAGUUGGACAAGUCUGAAAGGCCCCUGAACUACAUGGGAUUGAGGUUAGUGGGGGGCACAACCAAAUCUAUUUGCCUUGUCACUUUCCCUCCUAUUUUCUCCUCUUCCUCUGCCCUGAGGCUAAGAGAACUGAGAGUCGUCUUGGGAACCAAUAGCUUAAUCAGCCCAUCCCUGGAUAUAAAGGGAGUCACUCGGAUAAUUCUUCACAAGGACUUUCAAAGAAGCAACAUGAACAAUGAUAUCGCCCUGCUCCUGCUGGACACGCCCAUCGCGUUCAACAACCUGAAAAAACCCAUCUGCAUGCCCAAGCAGCCCGGCCCCUCCACGUGGCACCAAUGCUGGGUGACAGGAUGGGGGCAGAUCAAAACUGGUACCAAAGAGCCCAUGGAAACUGAGCUGAUGAAAGUGCCCAUGACCAUUGUGGACUGGGGAAAGUGUUUAAAGCAAUUUCCAAAACUUACCAAAAAUAUGCUGUGUGCUGGUUACCAGAACGAGAGCUAUGAUGCCUGCCAGGGUGACAGCGGGGGGCCUCUAGCCUGUACCACGCAAUCUGACAAGAGAUGGUACCAGGUCGGCAUCAUCAGCUGGGGGAGGAGCUGUGGGCAGAAGAACACCCCGGGAAUAUACACUUCACUGGAAAACUAUACAGUCUGGAUCAAGAACGUGACUGAGAUGGAGGGAAGACCCUAUAGUGUCAAGAAAAUAAGAGUCUCUCUUAAAGAGAAACCAAAGAGCUCCCGGGCCUCACAAUUCCUAGAGCCAGAGAGCCCCAGAUUCUGGCUCCAGCUCUGCCUUCUGCUCUCCAUGCUGUUAAAGGCCAUUUUCUACGGAUAAUAAAACAGAUGCUAUUCUGUAACCAAGGAAGGUGUGUGAGAAUGAGCCACCAGCAGAGACACUGACUACAGAUUAGAGCUAAAGGCUAGAACUGAAGCCAAUAACAGAAAGAACCAGAAGUCAGGCAGGCUGGAGCCAUGGUUUAGGGACUGGGCUUUAAGUCCCUUUAGGGACGCUCUGCAUUGCAGGUGAGGUACUGAACUCAAACCAUCUAAAGCCAAAAGGGUUGUUUAUAGAGGUACAUGACAGGGAAAAAAAAAAAAAAA